AUGCAGCAGCAGCAGCAGCUUUCAAGCUGCUCUUUAUACCUCCACAACAGCAUGUUCCACAGGAAGGACAGUGCAGCACGCACAUCGUCCCAAGUUGUCCGAGGAGCAGGAUUUGGUGAUUCAGCUGGGAUGCAGCCAAGACUCGAGCUG